UGAAAUAUAUUUUCAAUAACCAAAAAUAUUGUAUUUUCAGCUUUUUUAAGCUGGUGUACAAAACCGAAAGUAAACGUUGCAAACAGAAACUUAUGAACGGGAAGCCUAGAAAUAGCGCACAUAGAAUAGAUCAACCGCUUCUUAAACUUGCUUUCAAUGAGAAUGACAUAUCUAUAACUCACAUUUCUAUGUGCAUUUGGUUGGGUCGCCCAUAAAGUUACAGCUGCAUUUAAAUGACCUACUGUGUGGGGGGAAUUUUGUUUUUUUGUGGCAGCUGUUGUCUUAUUGUGUAGUGACUGAUUUGAUUGGAUGAACCUCCCGCUAUUUCCCAUCACCCUCCUCUCUGUUCAUUGAACUAACAAUCUCUGGAGAGUAGCCUAGCUUCCAUUCAGUAGGUUCCAUUCAUCUCACAGAGCCUGGUCUUCUAGAACCUGUAGUGAAUGUGACCUCCAUUUUGAUUGUUAAUUUCCUUCAAAAACAUUUGUCUGAUUGUGUGCAUCUCUCAAAGUUUUUCGUGGGGAAGGGGUGAAGGUUUAUCCUUGGACAGAAUAGUCUGUAGACUGUGCCUUUUCCUGAUGGUGCUGAAAACAAGUAAAUCAAAGAUCUUACUUUCAAAACAUUGAGGGCAAUAUGCCCAUGUCUACAUUGAUACGUAUAUAUUGAUACAUGAAAAUACUGUACUGUCUGUGUGUAUGUGUGUGCCUGGCUGUCUGUUUGUGACACUGACAUACAGUAUAAGAACACAACAAUAUGCAGAACCAACCAGUUUUGAGGUGUCAGGACCAAAAUGCUUGUGGGGAUGGUAAGGUAGGCAGGCACUCGCGUGGCACAACCAAAAAAGUGAUAUUUUAGACCGCCACCCUCCUCAGGUGGCAAACAGUUUACUGUAAUGCAUGGGAUUUUCACCCCUGGUUCCCUUUUGUUUAAACCUUUUAGUAGAUAGAUGUUCAGUGAUGGUCUUCUACCCAAAGUGAACAGCAAUAAACAAAGUGAUCUUUAGGCUCUGAGCAACUAGCUGUUGGGGUUACACCAGGGAUGCUUCCCAAAUGGCACCCUAUUCCCUAUAUAGUGCACUACUUUUGACCAGAGCCAUUUGGGACACCCAAAGUACACCUCUUCUUUUUAAUUACUAUCCUGUAAGAGCCAUUUGAAUACCAUUUGCCACAUGUUGGAUGGUAAAUGCUUUCAAACUCCUUGCCGAUGUCCCAAAUGGCACCCUAUUCUCUUUUUAGUUCACCCUACCAAAUGGCACCCUAUUCUCUUUGUAGUGCACUAAUAUUGGCUCUGAUCAAAAGUAGUGCACUAUAUAGCGAAUAGGGUGCCAUUUGGAAAGUAACUCUGGUGGUGACGACCCCCCCAAAAAUGCAUUAUAUUUAGAACCACUGCUCUGGCAUGUAUUCCAGGCCUAGACCACUGCCCAACCAUUAUAUUCCAGGCCUAGACAAAAAUGCAUUCUAUUUAGAACCACUGCUCUGGCAUGUAUUCCAGGCCUAGACCACUGCCCAACCAUUAUAUUCCAGGCCUAGACAAAAAUGCAUUCUAUUUAGAACCACUGCUCUGGCAUGUAUACAUUUCUUCUCAAGAUCCUUAUUGAAAGAUCUUAACAUGUUACAGCAAGAGGUUUACAAACAGAGAACAACAUGCAGUGGUCCAGUUGUCACCAGUGCCUGCUUGCCUAGGAAAGGAUUCCUCAGAACAUCUCCAAACCCUGCACCUCUAUUAUGGUUGGCUGCAUAUCGUACUUAAUAAGAUACAAAUGACAAAUUGCUUUGGUAACAAUAUGCACAUUUUUUUUUGCAAAUACUUUUUUGGUCUUUGUCUGAUCCUGGUCCUAAGUUGAGCCUUUUUAUUUGGUCGUCAUAUGUACUUGUUUUAAUUAAAUACUGUAUGUAUGAAGUCUGUGUUGGUGUAUUCAUUGAGAGAAUGGAUGUGAUGUAUGUUGAUUCUUGCAGUUUUCUGCUUCAUUCCUAGCCAGACAGAUACUGUAGCUACGGUAUUCAACUGUGAUGGUGGAGUUACACUUAAAUGUGUAAGAUUCUAUUAUGUAGUUCUUCAUCUAAAUUACUUAGUUGUACUUCUAGAACUAGAGUAAGACCACCGAUGGCUUCACUGAAAAGAAAAGCAUAUAGGGGGGCACUAGUAGCCUAGGAUACUGGAUACAGCAGAAACAUUUAUUUCUCCAAGUUGGAGACUAAUCUGUCGCCAACAAUUCUAUUUGGGUACCUUUUUGCAUCAUCUGACAGUCAUGGAGCUCCACAUUAUGAUGUAGGAUGCAUUGUUGCGUCGUCGGACAGUCACAAAGACUGAUGUCAAUCACUAAAGCCCUUCGAAUGGCUAUUUGUUUAACGUUGCCAUGGCAUUUUAAUUAUUUAGUAGUCGUGUUUGACUAGUUGCAUCUGUGCGUUACCUGGAGACAGUCUACAAGAGCUGGUGAGACACAGGUUAUGGACCACCGGUGCAGACACUCCAGGAUAUCCGCAAAUUCGAGAGCUUUGGGUUCAAUAUCAAAUUACUUAACACCAAUUAAUUAGGCUAACUAUCAAAACAGAGCCACCAUAAAAACAAGACUGCAGUCCUGUGACUCUGUGAGGACCAUGGCCACGCUAAGUGCCAAGCCUGGGCUCAGGUACAGUGUGUCCGACUGGGACACCAGUAACAAGCAGAUAUCUGACACAGCAGAACACAGGCGACACAUCUCACACAAGACACGUCAGGAAGGGAGGGCCUUACGCAAUGAGACAACCAGCAAGACUAACUGGGAUACGAGUGACAGCUCUCGCAGGCUGAGUGAUAGGAUCUGGGAUAUCUCCCGCUGGAGAGAGACUUUGGAAUCAUGCGCACAGGAAGUGGAGAAAGAGAUGGAUGCCUUAACCCUGGGGAAGGAGGAGACUGAGCGGGCACUGGCGGCCACCGCUGUGCCUCUGGAGGUCACGGUGGAGUGCCUGACCCGGAGGGAGGGUCGCCGCGGCAACGAGCUGGUCAGCGACCCAGUGGAGGCCCAGCUGAAGAAGGAAGUGGAGAUGAUCGACGGAGCACAGCGGGUGCUUCAGCAGCGCAUCGACAAGGCCUUCGAGCAGCUGUGUCUUCUUCAGGAGUCCCGGCAGCAGCUGUCCCAUGACCUUCAGAACAAGAUGGAGGCCCAGGACAUUGACCUCUCCUGCUUGUCACUCACUGUGACAUCACCUGAGAUUUCCCUGAAGCCCAACCCCCUGCGCAUUCCCAUAGGUUCCACCACCCCCCAGCAGUGGGAGCAGUUCAGCCAGUACAACGUGGCCCGAGCUCAGGAGGAGAUGCAGGCGUCACUGCAGCUGAGGGACGACAUGAGUGUCACCAGGGUACAGUUGCAGAAUGAGCUGGAUACUCAGCGCAUCGCCACAGAGUUCGCCAUCCGUAAACGCACUCACCACCUAGAGCAGGCCUGCGACGAGACGCAGUGGCAGAUGAAGAGCACCCAGGAUGAGAUCUCAGAUAUGGAGAGGGACAUCCGUAGUCUAGAGGACGAUCUUCAGGCUACGAUGGCCCCACUGAAGCUGGUCCACACCCGGCUGGAGAACAGGACCAAGAGGCCUGGAGUGGAUCUCUGUAGGGACGAGGUUCAGUAUGGGCUUGUGAAUGAAGCAAAUCAGCUGGAAGCCACCAUUCUGGCUCUGAAACAGAAACUGGCCCAGGCUCACAUGUCCCAUGUCUAUCUUCCUCCUUUCCCCUCCUCUUCCUCUUCCUCCCCCAGGCACUCCCUCCAGGCCCUCCAGCUGCACCAGGCCCAUAUGGGGGAGGAUCUGUCCCGUAAGCAGGACGCCCUCUCACUGGAGCAGCGCAGCCUGGAGACCCGCGGCCGGCUCACCUCCGCCCCCUUGACUGACGUGUCCUCUGGCGCCGUGGUCCCCCUCACCAACUCCAGCAGGAGACACAACCUGGAGCUGGCCUAGGCUCACCACAUCAUCACACUCACACUCAUUCAAACACACAACCUAACGGUUCUCUGACCGUAACCGUAUUUCACUCAAUUUAUUAACCAUACCAUAAAUAUCCACAUUCGCAUCUCAAUUGUGUCUAUGUUUAUCUUUUAGGCCCCCUGUGUUUUCUGUGCGUUUUACAGCGGUCAAAGUCUUACACCUAUCUUCUUCUGUAUGUUCCAUAAUGUGUCAAUUGAACGUUGUGUAUCAAAAAAGAUUGGCAUCGUAUUAAAGCUGAAAUAUGUACA